CGCAUCAGAGCUGACGUGGGGGCGACGUGGGGCCGGCGCCGGCGCCGGGUUGCUCCUGAGCGGCGGUCGGGCUCGCCGUCUCCACCUCCUCCCGUCCGUAAUCAGUGACGAGGUCCGCUACGUAAAUCUCAUCGCGGCGGGAUAAAUAAAGAAGAAAACGGGGAAGGAACAAAGCAUUGAUUACAAAUGUCUUAAUAAUGAGCAAAUGUGGCAGGAAAAAAUAUAUUAAGACAAAUCUAAGACAAAUGACCAUGGAAACAAUUGAAUCUCAGCAGGAUGGAAGUGUAACAGAUUCUGUGGCAGAGAGAGAAUCUGCGGAUAUGCAGACCCAGACUGGUCAAAAUUCAAUCCCUACCUUAGCUCAGGUUUCUGUAGCUGGAUCAGGCACCGGAAGAGGCUCCCCAGCUGUAACUCUAGUGCAGUUACCUUCGGGCCAAACUGUGCAUGUCCAGGGAGUAAUUCAGACACCACAGCCAUCGGUUAUUCAGUCACCACAAAUACAAACUGUUCAGGUAGCAACGAUUGCAGAGACAGAUGAGUCUGCAGAUUCAGAAGGUGUAAUUGAUUCUCAUAAACGUAGAGAAAUCCUUUCACGAAGACCCUCUUAUAGAAAAAUACUGAAUGAACUUUCCUCUGAUGUGCCUGGUGUUCCCAAGAUUGAAGAAGAAAAAUCAGAGGAAGAAAGAACGCCACCUAACAUCGCUACCAUGGCAGUACCGACUAGCAUAUAUCAGACUAGCACGGGGCAAUACAUUGCUAUAGCCCAAGGUGGAACAAUCCAGAUUUCUAACCCAGGAUCUGAUGGUGUUCAGGGACUACAGGCAUUAACAAUGACAAAUUCAGGAGCUCCUCCUCCAGGUGCUACAAUUGUACAGUAUGCAACACAGUCAGCUGAUGGCACACAGCAGUUCUUUGUCCCAGGCAGCCAGGUUGUUGUGCAAGAUGAGGAAACUGAACUUGCCCCAAGUCACAUGGCUGCAGCCACUGGUGACAUGCCAACUUACCAGAUCCGAGCUCCUACUACUGCUUUGCCACAGGGAGUAGUGAUGGCUGCCUCACCAGGAAGUUUGCACAGUCCCCAGCAACUAGCAGAAGAAGCAACACGCAAACGAGAGCUGAGGCUAAUGAAAAACAGGGAAGCUGCUAAAGAAUGUCGACGUCGAAAGAAAGAAUAUGUAAAAUGUCUGGAGAGUCGAGUUGCAGUGCUGGAGGUUCAGAACAAGAAGCUCAUAGAGGAACUUGAAACUUUGAAAGACAUUUGCUCUCCCAAAACAGAUUAGUAGAAAUAUUUAACUAUGAACUGAUUACAACAUGUACAGUUGCUUUUGAAGGCAAUACAAUAUAUAGCCAGCAAGAAUUACAGCUUUUUUCCUUUGUAUCAUUCAUCAUAUUCUCUAACCUCUGACAUUCCUAAAAUGCCUCACUGUACGUAGUUAACUAUUAGCUAUAACUUCAAUUUUUUAAAAAGAGACAGCUGUAAAAAAUGUAUGUAACAAAUUCUUAAAAUGCAGUAUUUGUAAGACUUGUUCCAAUGCCACAUAUUUGCAGUUCCUAACCUCUGUGUCAUGAAUAGUGUCCUAUGCAAUAAAAUUUUUUUGCAGGUCUUUAAAAAUCAUUUUAGGAAAGGAUGAUCAAGAUAAUGCAUCCAGCAGUACAGUAAAAGCAAACCACAAACAAACAAAAAAAUACCUCAGGAAAGAAUUGAAAGAAAAAAUUGAAAGAAUCUAAUGAUAUGCCUAUAUGAAAAUAAUAGCCUAUAAAUGAAUUUAUGGCAUUUGCAGAUUUUUAUAUUACUUGCUUUGUAAAGAAAAUAUUGUAUUGCUGUCCUUGAAUGCCAUAGUUGAAGAGAGUUUUUAAUAGAACCAUGUUGGUUACACUUUGUAGUGUGUGGUGCUCAUUUAACUAUCUGAACCUUUACUACAGUUUUUACUCUAUUGUGUAAUAUAAAAGAUCUUGCAGAAAAGUUCUUAGUGUCGGUUUGAAUGAAUAGCCUAAUGAAAGUUAUGACAAAUUUUUAAUAUUUGGAACGUGUUAAAAGUUGACGUUAAAAAUGUAUCUGCAUAGCUUCACGUGUGUGGAAGCCUAUUUCUACACUGGGUCAUGCUCUUUGCAGAUGCCCUUUGCGCCAUCUCAUCAGUAGGAUGGCCCCAGAGCUGUUACACAGAAGAGUGGCUGCUAGAGAUUCAGGUUGUGUGAUGGAGUAGGCCUUUCUGCAGAUAUUCUGGAAAUCUCCUGUUGACGGCCUCUGGUUGUGAGUUUGAGCUAACAGCCAUAGGAGUUUUAAAGUAAAAACCAAAACAACCCAAGAUUUUAUUUUCCCUUUCAAAACAUCUUGAAAUCUACACCAGAUCAAAGAUUUUUUUGUCAGCACAUUCAGAUGAAGUUCACUACCAGUGUUAUUACUGGUAUUUACAUUUUGUUCUGUUUUUAUAAUAAAAACCUUCAAGGUAUAAGCCCGAAGCCCUACUGGUAAGAUGCUCUGUCAUCUCUCAUUCACUCCUGAGACAUUUGUUGAAUGCCUACCAUGUGCUAGACUCUGCCCUAUGUUCUCUCAUAACUUCUGAUUUGUUCAGGAUGUCCCCCCCACCCCCAACCCCUACUUUCAAUAGUGGAACCUGGUCAGUAUGUCAGGGAGGUACAGAAACAGGAGGUCAUUUGUAUCGUGUCUAACUGCUGUACCCCCAGCCCCCACCAGCCAUAAUUCUUUCCCUUAUCUGUAACUCCCAGAAGGUAGGGCCUGCCAUUUGGGCCUUUCUUUAGAAAGACUUACCUACCUUCAGAAUCUGAGCUCCGAAUCUCUUUUAUCUCAAUUUUUGUCUUUUCUUCUACAGAGAAGUAAGAUGAGGAAAGAAGACAAGGAAGAAAAGAGGAAAGGAAAAUCCCAAGUUUCAGGUGAAGGCAAAUGGGGCUUCAUAUUCAGUCAGUCGCUGUAAAUCAAAUGUGUGCUCAGUGUGGAGCUGAGAGGGAGACACAAGGAUCAGCAGACAAGAUGUAAAAAAGUUAGAGGCAGUGAAUGCCAUAUGUUAGAAUUACAGGCAGAUGUAGGCAAGGAUUAAAUAAGAAACUAUCGUGAAGGAGGCAGAUUUUGAACUGGGUCUGAAGUACGUGAUAGUGUGGGGGAGGAGGGUAUUCGGGACGGGGCAUGCAGCGCAUGCGCUAUACUCCAAGGAGCUUGAAUUUAGAACGUUACUCCUCGCACAAGAGUUUAGUUUCCAAGAGAGGGAAAGCCUGUGCAUGUGUUCCUGUGUGGUCUCUGCUCUAUAAAAUAGCUUGUUAUUUCAGAGGAAGGAGAUUGCAUCUGAUUACUUGGGGCCACAAAAAGCAGGUGUCUCCUCAUUCCCCAGUGGUUUAAACUAGGAGGAGAUAUUAUGCCCUCCCCAAACAAGAAGUGCAGAGGUAGGAAAUCCCAUGCUUGUUUAAUUUAGUGACUUAACAAUGGCCUCACGACCAGAUCAUUGCUCCCUGUUUUGGCUGGUUCCCCCAUCUCGAUAUUGCUGCUACAGAUGCAGGCACCGGAGAGGGGACAAGUGGCACACCCCAUUCUUCUGUCCUGUUUUAAGAGCAAGGAAGACUUGCACACCAGACCUUCAGCAGCAGAUUCCCUCGAGUUUUACCAGCUAGAUUUUCACCAGAACCUCCCUCCAUAACCAAUCGCUGGCAAGAGGAGUGGAUUACUAGUGAAGAUUCUACCCUUGGGGCUGAGAGGGUUUCAGGCUUCUAUGAAGCAUAUGGCCAUCAGUGUUGGAUCAAACUGGGGCUCUGGGAGAAUGAUGUGUGGGCAGCUGACAACGUAAGGAAGACGCGUGAGUGCUUCAACUGUCCAGGUAGUUAAGUGGAGGUUGUUAAGAGGGGACUUGGGCCAAGCUCUCAGAGGUGUGUGGGAACUUUUAAUUCUUACUUCUCCAGUGUGUCCCUGAAACAAAAACUUGUGCUACUAAAAAUACAGUUUGAUAGCUCUCCAUUCGGCCUUCAGCAGAUACUGACUACAACCUCUCACUAAACAGCAAGCAGCGAAUUGGAAGCUGCAUGGAUAUUGUACACCUUGUAGAACAGUGUUGUGUAGAAUCCACAGCUGUCAUUGCAUUUGUGUCUCUUUUUUUUUCUCCUAUAAUUUUCAGAAUCUGGACUUAUGCAUGUAGAAAUUACCGAUCGUGAAUCGUGGGAUUAUGCCUCCUUUUCAGAUUUAACUAGGUAGUUCUCAAUGUUAAAUCAUUUGAAGCGAGAAAAUAAAGCAAAUGAAUUUCUGCCGCACA